AUGGCCUCUUCAACUUCAACUUCAACUCCAGCGACGACGAACCCGACGACCACGUCGUCCUCCGUCAUGGCCACUCUCCGAAGCUCCGGCCAAAGCUUCGCCCUCCUCUUCCUCCUCUUCCUCCUCCUCAUCUCCACCAACAUCACCGCUGCCGUCGCCGUCAACAACGCCGUCUUGAGCGUCAAGUACAAGUACGCCGGCCGCGAGCGCACUCUCAGUGCCCUAAAGGCUCACGACACCAAACGCACUCUUCGCUUCCUCGCCGGCGUCGAUCUCCCCCUCGGCGGCUCCGGCCGUCCUGACGCCGUCGGAUUGUACUAUGCUAAAAUCGGAAUCGGAACGCCGGCGAGGGACUACUAUGUGCAAGUUGAUACCGGAAGUGAUAUUAUGUGGGUGAAUUGUAAACAAUGCAAGGAAUGCCCGGCCAGAAGCUCACUUGGUUUUGAGCUGUCAUUAUAUGAUAUCAAGCAGUCUUCCACCGGAAAAUUCGUUCCUUGUGAUCAUGAGUUUUGCGUGGCGAUGAAUAAUGGUCCAUUGGUUGGGUGUACUGCCAAUAUGUCGUGUCCCUAUUUGCAGAUUUACGGAGAUGGCAGCUCCACUGCUGGUUAUUUUGUGAAGGAUUUUGUGUUGUAUGACCGAGUUUCAGGUGACCUCACGACUACCUCUUCCAAUGGAAGUGUCAUUUUCGGGUGUGGUGCUACGCAAUCUGGUGAUCUAGACUCAUCUGGUGAAGCACUUGAUGGAAUUCUUGGCUUUGGAAAGUCCAAUUCAUCCAUAAUCUCACAGCUAGCUUCAUCAGGAAAAGUAAAGAAGAUGUUUGCUCACUGCUUAGAUGGAAAAAAUGGAGGCGGUAUCUUUGCUAUUGGGCGUGUUGUGCAGCCGAAAGUUAACAUGACUCCAUUGGUACCAAACCAGCCGCAUUACAAUGUCAAUAUGAAGGCAGUUCAAGUCGGCCGUUCUUUUCUAAAUAUUUUGACAGAUGUAUUUGAAGCGGGAGAUAGACAAGGGACUAUAAUUGACAGUGGUACAACUUUGGCUUAUCUUCCAGAUGUGGUGUAUGAGCCCUUAGUAAGUAAGAUCUUCUCUCAGCAGCCUGAUUUGAAAAUUCACACUCUUCGUGGCGAGUAUACAUGCUUUGAGUACUCAGGAAGCCUUGACGAUGGAUUUCCUGCAGUCACCUUUUAUUUUGAAAACUCACUUUCUUUGAAGGUUUAUCCACAUGACUACUUGUUCCCCUCUGAAGGCUAUUGGUGCAUUGGUUGGCAAAACAGUGGGAUGCAAUCCAGGGAUAGGAAGAAUUUGACCCUUUUGGGAGAUUUGGUACUUUCAAAUAAGCUAGUGUUGUAUGAUCUUGAAAAUCAGGUCAUUGGAUGGACCGAGUAUAACUGCUCGUCAAGUAUCAAAGUGCAGGAUGAACAGAGUGGAACAGUGCAUUUAGUAGGUUUCCACUAUAUUUCUUCUGCUUGCCAUUUGAAUCACCAAUGGACUAUAAACUUCUUCCUUACGCUGCUGCUGUACAGUUUAGUGUACUGAAAAGGAACAACUAAAACAUACUGACAGCCACUUCAACUUAUAGGAAAUCAACAUAGAGAAAAUAUCAUGGAAAGUAUUGUCGAGAUGGUGCAUAGAGUAGCUUCAUAUUGUGGUCUCCCAAGGUGAAAACAAAAGCUAGGAUACUUAUCUCUUAAAGCUUCAUUAUGGGGAUAUAUUUUCCUCCCCAUUGUGAAUUGAUAGAAAUAUAUGAGAGCUUACUAGCUUCAAAGGCUUCAGAAUUAAUUGUAUAUGGUUUCAAAUCUUGAUAUUUGUCUAGGCUUUGGUCUAGACAAGACUGUACAUAAAAUCCUUAGUAUAUGUCAUUUUGUGGCUCCAUUUGUUCAGGGGUUGCACAGCAUGUUCGUAUUUAAUGAUACAAAUGUUUUACAUUUUUAAAAAACAAGAGAAUUGUGUACAUUUUUAACUGA